AUGCUAAAGCAGACUAGAAUAGAUCAAUUUUAUAAAAAAUUCUGUUUUGCAAAUGUUUUUUUUUCUGAAAAAAUAAUUAGUGAUAAUUUACAGCUAGCUAUCAAUCAUUUAAAUUUUGUAAGACAAGGUAAUAUUGUUCUUAAUGAGUUUGAUCUUCAGAAAAUAUAUAGUGAUAACAUAUUUAAUUUUAGUUAUGCUAUUGCUUGUUCAAAUUCACAAAAAUUUAAAUUAAAAGAUAUUCAAUUUCCUCAUGAAAAAAAUGCUGAUUAUUUAUUGAUGAUAGUUAUGUAUAUUUUUUCUAACCCUGUAAAUUGUGGAUAUUUUUUAAAAAAUGAACUUGAUUUAAUAUUUUCACUUUUCACACUUUCACCAAAGUCACAAAUGUUAUUUGUAAGACUUUUGAAAAGAAAAUCAGUAUGUUACAGAGCAAGUAAGAUUAAGUAUCCAGAAAUCGCUGAUAAUUUGAAUCCUUUUUUCUUUGAUUUAAUACAAAAUGGAUUUUGUAAAUCUGAUUUAGAAUCAACAAAUAUAAUCAUUUUAUUAAAUAUGCUUCAAUUACAAGAAAUUAGAAGUAUUUGUAAAACAUUAAAAAUUAAUCAUCUUGAAAGUAAAAGAGUAUUAAUAGAGAGACUUUUGAAAUAUGGAACAACUUCAAAAUCACUUUUUAUAGGAUCAAAAAGUCCAAAAUCUGUAUUAAGAUCAAUGGCAUUAUUUUUUUUACAAACAUGUAUUUAUUUACCUAAAGAUAUAAUUAAUUUAUUUAAUAGACUUUUAACUUUAUUUUGUCCAGUUCAAGAUCCAUCUGAAAAUAUUUCAGACUUAUUUAUUAUGCUGACCAAAAUUGAAGAAGGUUUAUUAUUAUAUCCAUUUAUUUUACACAAAGAAGCUUUUCCUGUAUUUAAGAAUCGUAUCCAUUUAAUUGAUUUUGUUAAUAGUAAAAAUCUAUUGAAAGAUAUAUUAAUGGCUAUUCAAAAAAAAAAAUGGGAUGAAGUGAGAAACUUAGGGCAUCUGGCACUUAAGUAUUUAUUAGAAACAAAAAUUAUAGAUAAAAAAACUUCACUUCCAUUACAUGUAGAAAAAUUUAUGCCAGAAUAUAUAUGGAUAAAAGUUUUAUCGAAAAGUGUUGAAGCAUUUAAGAAAACACCAGAAACUAUAAUUCAAGCCAUGAACAUAUUAAAAACUCUUAUAAGUUAUAAGCAUUUUUUUGAAAACCGUCAAGGUCAAUGGUAUAAUGAACUUGUAUUAAUCAAAAUGCAUUAUCAAAAAGAUUUAGAAAGUAGUGCUGCAUUAAUCUUACAUACUUUAAAACAAAAAAUAUUGACAGAAGUUGAUGUGUUAAAUCUAAUAAAAAAAUUAAAGAAUUUAGAGAAGAGAAAAACUGGAAUAUCUAAAAAAACUAAAAUAUUAAUUAAAAAAGAGAUAAACAGUUUCAUAAGUCCUAAAUUCACUACUAAAAGUAUCAGAAUGAAUAUGGCAAAUAGAAUUAAACAUAAGGGGAAAAGUACAUGGUCUAUCAAUAUUAAUAAUGAAAACUAUUAUGGAACUAUCGAAAUGGUUGUUUUACAAUAUUACAUCAGCAAAGAAAAUUUUCACGAAGGACUUCAUUGUGAAGGUUCACUGCCAAUUACAUUAUUUGUAGUAUGUUUUUGGGAAGAAAUAUAUAAUGAUUUGGUACCAAGCUCUUUUAUAUCAUAUUAUCAAGAUGCACCCUUAGAUCUCUUUACUGCUGAAUUCUUUAUUAAUAGAAAACAAUUUAUCGAAAAAAAAAUUAAAUUUAUACAUGAAUUAAAUCUAGAUCUGUUUGCUCAUUGGAUGCAGGAAAGAUAUUCCAAUUAUAGUAAAUACAAAUCUUUAAUGCCAAAUAAUUUAUUUAAAAAUCAUCAACAAUUUAAAGAAAUGGUAACUUGUCUGGGUAUGAAUACAGUAAUAGGUAUAUGUGAAAAAUUAAUUUCGAAUUUUAGACUUUGGAGAUCUGGAUUUCCAGAUCUUAUUAUGUGGAAUGCAGUAACUUUAAAGAAUAAAAUUGUAGAAGUUAAAGGACCAACUGAUUCUUUAUCUGAAAAACAAAAAUUGUGGCUUCAAUAUUUAGAUAAUCUUGGGAUUGAUAUAGAAUUAUGUCGUGUUGAAGAUUAGACCAUGUUAUUCUUAUGGUGAAGAAUUUGAUGAAUGUGUAACAUUAAAAGGAC